GGCAACAAUCUCCAAGGGUGGCUGUUGGCAAUUGCUUCUGGUUUUGCUUGUUGCAUAGGAGCCUCCGCAGUCUUUUCAAACUUCUUUAUUCCAAAGCUAAAGGGCAUUAAACAUAAACAAAACUUAGAUUUUAUGGUUGCAUCAUUUGCACUCGGAUCAGGAGUAUUGGUACCUUUAAAUUUUGUCGAUAAUCUUAACGAAGAUUCGCCGUUGUUAAAAAAUCACUUGGACGAACGCACUGAUGAUAUAUCUAAAAAUAGCUAUUGCAAUAUACAGGAUUUCAAUGAGGCCAACAGCUCAGACAGGCACGCCGUUUUUGUUGUGGAUAGCGACACUGAUGAACCUGCCAUUCCUUCUGCCCAUGGUCAUUGUGAUAGAGAUUUUCAUCAUCAUCACGACCUUCAAAAUCCGCAUUCAAGAUCCGAUCAAGAAAAUGCAAAGUUAAUGCAAAUAGGCAUUCAAACUGCUUUAGCAAUCUCUAUUCAUAAAUUUCCAGAGGGUCUUAUAACUUUCGUUUCUUCUCAAGUAUCUCGUUCCCUUGGCUUUGCCCUAUUCGCAGCUAUUGCUUUACAUAAUAUCAUAGAAGGUCUCACUAUUGCUCUCCCUAUAUAUAUUGCAACACGUUCACGAAUAAAAGCUUUUUUAUACGCUAGCAUUUUGGGUGGUCUUAGUCAACCAUUAGGUGCACUAGUUGGCUGGAUAUUUCUAAACGAGUCGUUCUUCGGUUGUUGGAAUCACAACUUCAUCUAUGGAGCUUUGUUUGCCGCAACCAGUGGUUUAAUGACUGUUAUUUCCAUCAAUGGAAUGUUACCACAAGCAAUCAAACAUGAUACAAAAGAUGGUCAAAUA